AUGUUAGCGAGUACAUCGACGUUCAAGGCGUGGCGAUACAUGGCGGCGUUUACGCGCGAGUUUGAAGAACCGACAAUGGCUCAAUUGCAGGCUAAAGUCAGUAACGGUGACCGAAAGGCCAACGAUAUGCAUGGCAAAGCACCACAGGCGAUUCGUAUCAGCGAAUACUUCAUGGACGUAUUGAGUGCUUUCCAGAAGAUGCGCGGAGCGCAGGAAGAUGCACUGGAGUUUUUGGAGUUUUUCUUGGAGUAUUUGCACGCAGAGUACGAAAAGAGUGGUCUACGUUUGCCUGCCUCGUGUGGAAAGCAGACAAAGCAGGCUCCUGUGAUUGAGCCGAAUGAAGCUAGUGCGGACGCGGACGCUAAGAGUGCUCAAGCGUUCGAUGAAGGCUGGUCAGAGGUUGGUAAGAAAGGCAAGAGCAGCGUGCUACGUCAUAAUCCCGUUGACACUGUCCGCUCGUCGAUAAAUUGGAUGUUUAAGGGUGCACUAUGCUCCGAGCUGAAGCAGAUCGGCAAGAGACACAUUUCGAUUGCUGUGAAACCGUUUCACUGCUUGCACUUGAACCUCGAUUACGAAACACAAGACCCAUCGCUUGUUGCAGGCGAGAAUGGCACGGCUAAUUCAUCCGACGCGUCAACUACUGUUGAGGAGAUGAUCCGCAAUUUAUUCCACGUCGAGGUGAUCGAAGACGCCAACCAGGUUCCAACGAUAAAGAAUCCCUUCCUGUUGUGUUGA